GGUGUGUGUCGCUUUAACGGGACGGUGGGACGGGAGGGGGGACGCAGAGCUGCUGCAGCUGGUCCGGGCGGGAGCAGAACCACCCCGGCCUGCAUUCACCCAUCUGAGGGAAUCCGAGGAACCGAUCACCUUUUUCACGCCACGCCAUGAGGGAUUACACGGACACCCCGAGCAACGGAGGGGGCUGCAUGCCGUGUUGCCAAGUUUGCGUGUUCGUGUUUACCGCAUUCCUGCUCGUUGCGGAGAGGACGGCGGUGAUCUAUUGCUUUGUGUAUUACAUCUGGAUUGGCCACAACUACUGUUAUGCUUAUCUUGCUGGCUUCACGGCUCUCUUCCUGCUCCCAGGUUGGGGUCCACAGUGGCUCAGUUUUCUGUGGUAUCUCUCGGAUGGAAAAAUCCCCAGGAAAUCUCUCAGAUGGACUCACAUAUUACACCUGGGUAUCUUUAAAAGGCUGUGGGACUGUAUGCGUCUUCCGGAUGAGGACGUUUAUGGAGAAAUCAUGCAGCAGGCCGAUGUAUCUGCGUUACGUCUGUUUGAGGCCUUGGUGGUCACGCUCCCCGAAACGCUGCUCCAGACCUACGUACUCAUCUGUACCGACAUAGGAGUCCGCUCUCCUGCCUCGGUGUGUUUUGUUGUGUGUUUGCUGUCUCUGGCCUGGGCGCUGGUUCUCUACGCCAGAUCCUGCUCACUCAUCAGACCGGGACACCUGCACAUGACUCCAGCUGCCAUUCUUUGCCGACUCCUGUGGAGGGUUGGCAUGUUGGGAUCCCGGUUUGCUGUGCUCAUGCUCUUCACACGCAUCUUCAAACAGUGGGUCCUGGGAGUCAUUGGUGUGCACUGGCUGGGUGCAACUUUCUGGAUGGUGUCUCAGCAAACCGACGUCAUCCGUUCAACUAGUCGAUGGAGUAUUUUCAACCUCGUUCUGGGAGCCGUUCACGUCUUUCUCUUCCUCAACGUGAAGUACGGUCCAUCCAGAUACCGCAUGGCUGCGUUUUACCUGGUCAUGUUUUUAGAAGACGCUCUUCUUCUUCUGGCCUCCUCCUGGUUUUUUGCUAUGGUGUCCUGGGACACUGUGGGGAUCCCAGCUGCAAUCUUUUGCAGCUUCCUCAUUGGUUUGAUAGCGUUGGUGCUGUACUACCGUUUCCUGCAUCCCAAGUCGUUUGAGAUCUUCCAGAGUAUUCGCCACAGGGGGAUUGGUGGGGCUUGCAUGGAGCGAGGAUCUACACUCUCACUGGAGGAGAAAGUUGAUCCCAAUUUCCAUCACCGUACAACAUUGUCUGGAGGUGGGACCCUCAUGGACCUGCCCAUCCAAUGGGAAGGCUGGAAGCAUCACCACUGGCUGCUGAUUCGUUUGGCUCUUAAGACAGGAGACGUUUCCAGGAUCUGGUCAGCGUACGGAGAAGGCGGACUGGCCGGACUCAUGGGUCUCCCGGAAGAGGUUCACUCCCCUGAUAUGCAUCACGUACCUCGGGUUCCACCUCCUCAACCAAGAGUUCUUCAAAUCUCACACCCAGUUCCUCAACCAGCCCCUCCAGCUCCUCCACCGCAGGUCGUCCAAACUCCCCAGGUGAGUGAAGUCGUCCAGCCUCCUAAACCAGCUCACUGCAACAUUGUGGCCCGACCAGUGAGAAAAGCUCCGCCCACAACCAUCAAGGACAUGAGGUUUCCAGAGAUCAUCCCUUUCCAGGAGGUCAUUCCUGAGGAAAGCGCCGAGGAUGAAUUAAGCGCGGCUCCAUCAGAUGAUAAAGGUGAUGAGGAUUUCCAGAGUGCUGCUUACGGCUCACCGUCUCUGUCAUCUCCUCAACAUGGCGGAAGCCUUCGCCACAUCGACAGCAACGCCGCGUCUCUCACAGAAGCGUCCUCCUCUGUGGCCUCUCUGGACAUCAAGACGCCCGGCUGGUCCCCUGAGCGCCGCUCUCCCCUCCUGUUGGCCUCCCCAGAGAAGAAGGAGGGAACCCCAGCAGAAUCCAACACUACUCUGUAUUUCAGUGCAGAUGCGCCGUCGCCGUCUAGCGGCAGCUACCUGGGCUGGGGCUCAGAGCUGUCACCUAUUUCCUCCUACAGGAGACCCUAUCGGAUCAGAGAAGCCCGCUUUGUCACGUCCACCCCUCGACUGGAGGCCGCAGGCGGAGCUGAAAGUCCCGGCGCGGCGCCGGUUGUUAUCAUUCCUGCCACUCCCGGCACAACACCGGGUACCACUCCAGGAGGAACACCUGGAACCACCACACCUGCAGCUUCCACUCCUGGUGCUGCCACGCCUGGUACUCCACUCACACCCGUCAUCUCCCACGCUCGCAAACAGAUGGUGCAGUUUGUGGACUUUAGAGAGAAUUUAGUGUAAAGUAAAGGAGAAGCUAACAUUUCCACUUCAGCUGUUCAGUAUUUAAAAGCGUUCUUGUAUUAACUAACUUGUUGGAGAAUUGUGAAAUCUUUUUAGGCAGUCAUAGAGUUCAUGUAUAAAAUAUUUAUCAUUUAUGCAGACAGAUUAUAUUACAGAAGAUAGGAAUGUAAACUGAUGGCUCUUCCAAUAUCUGGACAGUACACAGAUUUGUAAGAGUUAACCCUUAAAGGUGACCUAUUUUGGUUCCUCAGUCAGGUUAGGAUUGGUUGAUGGGGAUUUUCUUUGCACUAAAUAAUUUUAGAUUAUGACAUUUAGUCUGUUUUCAGAAUGAGAUGUUUUAGGGCCUUGUGUCACUUUAAAUCCAAAUAAUCUGCUGGCCACACCACCAGUUCAACGUUUACACUCACACGUGUAAAUGGCUAAAAACAGAUACAUAAUUUUACAACCGUACAUUCUUGAAAAGCAUUAGUAGAGCCUCCUCUACAACCAACAAGAAUGUAUCACAUAGUUUCUGGAUGGUAAAUCAUCAACUUUCUGCAGCCAUUGUACAGCUGACCAUUGUACAGCUGGUUUCACCACUGAAACCAGCUGACCAAACAUGCUGGCGCCCUACUUGGGUUGCUAAGUAACAGCGCAGUGCCCACUUAAAGUGAAUUAAUAUUCAGGAGGUUUUUGAAGCGGCUCAUUUUCCAGACACAAUAAAACUGUAGCUUGUUUCCACAAAACAGCUGGAUGUUUUUUUUUAAACAUUCAACUGUUUUUAGAAGCAGCAGAAACACAAAUAGAAGUACAAAACCUUGCAAAAUGUGGCAUUUGGGAGAUAAGUCACCUUUAAUUAACUCGUUGCAGAGUUAUGAGAUGUUUUUAGGUCAUCAUAGAGUUCGUCCAUGAAUUAUUUAUUCUGUCUGCUCUUUUGUGUAGACGGAUUAUAUUACAGGAAAUUAGAAUGUAAAAUGAUGGCAUUUCAAAUAUCUGUACAGAUAUUGUGAGAGUUACCGCUUGACACCUUAUUUGUUUGUUAGUGGUUUGGAAUCAUGUUAUCGCACUUACAUCUUCCAGCUGGUUGGAAUAUGGAUGGACUGUGAAAUUACUGUUAUUGAAGGAUCUCAGUAAUUUAAAUAAAAAGGGAAACUCAAAUUAUAAAGAUUCAUUGCACAGGAAGGGAUCAUAAUUGAUUACUUUCAUUAAUCUUGAUGAGAUGGAUUAGAAUUAAUGAUGAGCUCCAAACUUUCAUAAAUCUGAAUAUUAGAAAUGACUAGUAAAAAUAACCUUUAACAUGACAUUACAAGCAUACAGAAAGGGAUGUUGACUUGGUUUGGGCUCCUUCUACCACACUUUUUCCUUCCACUCAACAUUCCAUUGAUAUGACUGGAUUCAGAUGUCCAGAUACUUUCAAGGAAAUGGCUUUUACACUGUGAAGGAUAUCAAUGACUGAAAGAAACUGUAUGGUUUCUGUAUUGUAAAUACUAUUUAAAUUAUCCUUGGUAUUAGCAGCUUAAUUUUGAGUUAGCUGUCAGCAUUAUUUAUCGCUGAAUGCAAUACUUCACGGUAACAUGCAAGUCUCACUUUGUUGCAUUAAAUUACGCAUCAACAAAUGCUGCUUUCAAACGGACUAAUUAAAACUGAUGAUAGCCCAAAUAAUUAUUACAGAAGUCCACAUUGUCUUUAUUUGGAUGUUAAUUUAAAAAAUAUAUUAUAAUUUGUGAGCUAAUGUUGAAAACUUAAUUGUUAAUUGUUGAGGGAUUUCACUCAUUCUUGAAUCAGUUUCUCAGUGUUGCUGUUUACACACAAUUGUAACGUGAAAGGUCAGAGGUCACACUUUAAACAAAGGGAUCUGUUCAUAUUUUAUUUCCACUUUUGUCAAAUGAACAAAAAACAGAAAAUAUGCAUGUUCGCCGGACACAAUUUAAAAUACUUCUCGUGUUGUUGUUCACAGAAAACGCUGAGGUCAGUGUCUGUUAGAUUAUUAAGAAAUCACGUUUGUUUUUACUUUACUCCAGCCUUUCUCAUGUUCUUAAAAUAGUCCUGAUCAAUAUUUUAUGGUUUCUGAAGGUUUUUCUGCAGAAUGUUUUUGUUGCUUGUUAAGAUGCCAAGCUCUGAAUCAUUCAGGCAUGAAAAAGUUUUGAGCAAAAAUAUUUUUGCCUCAUAGUUGAUGGCAGUUUGUGACUAAAGAUCUGUUUUUGCUAAUUUCUAAACACAAAAUAAUUUGUUGUUCAAUCUGUUAUGCAAAUGUCUUAGUUCACUUUAAAUAAGACAAUAUGAACAAGUAACUCUUUAGCAUGAAAUUUUAGCUUGUUUAAAGUUAAAAAUUCCUUAGUAUUGAUUUUAAAAAGUACCAGAUCUACUGACAGAUUUUUUUACUUAAAAUUUGUACUUUUUUGCCAAUAUUAAGGAAAUAUUUGCUUAAAACAAACUCCUCCAUCUUGCUGGAAAGUUACUUUUGUUUAAUUUCAAGUCUAUUAAGAUAUUUGAAUUAGAAAUUAGACGUAAAGUGGUAGAAAUUGGUGCGUUUGCAGUGUGAGAUUUCCUUUUAUUAUCCUGCUGUUUUUUCAGAAACAAAUCUAAACAUGGUGAUCAUGAUGUUUUGACUGGCUGCUGGCUUGUUUUUUUCAGAAGUAGAGCUUAAUGACUCGGUGGAAACAUAAAUAAAUAAGUUAAGUAAGUUCUUGAACCAGUUAGGCACUGGUACCAGUAUGGUGAGAUGGGGCCUGAAAGAGACAGCAUCAACUGCCAAAACAAUAUAUUUAUUUUAUCUUGUCCUAGCUACUGUUUUUAUCUCUUCUAACACUUCUAGAAUAAACGUGCUUCUCCAUGAGUGUUCUGGUAAUUUAGUUUAAUUUUUGAAGUGAUCUCACUCUCGCUCUUAUCUUAUGUCAGGAAACCACAGAUAUGGACCACUUUACAUUUCAAAGCUGUGAACUGUUUCAAAGCAAAAUAAAAAAACAAAACAAAAUUGAGGUAAAGCAUAAGACUUUCACCUGAGUGUUGUUUAUUAUUACUUACAUUUUACUAAUGCAUAUUUCUAAAGUUUGACUCAGUUCCUUAUUAAAAUAUAAAUAAUUAGCCUGGAAUGAAAACCAUGUAACAGUAAAACAGAGAAUGUUACAGAGAAAUUACUACAAUAGUCAUAUUUAUGUGCUUGUUUGGUUUGUAAAAUUAAUCACCAAUUUUCACUCAAGACUAAGGUCAGAAAACCAGAUAUUAAGACAAGAAAUGGAAAAGUGGGGAAAGACAACAAAACAAAGCCAUAAUGCAUUGAAAGUAAAAGAAAAAGCAAAAUUAACAUAACUUAAGAAACAAUGACAAAAACUGAUUAAAUUAGAUUAAAAAGUAAGAAAGGUUCAAUCAAAAAAAUGGAAAAUGACCAAACUGAUGUUUUAUUCAUGUCGUCCAUGUUGUUUGUUGUGUUGCUUUUUCAUUGCACUGAUAUUAUAGCAAGCAUCGCAAUACAUCAGUGAUUUUGAACCUGUAAAAUAAAUGUGUGGUAUAUUUCAUAUGCAGGUAAACUGCUCUUGUUUGAAGACAUGAAAACAGAAAAUAAUAAAGACAUUAUAGAAGAAAGAAAGAGCUAAAGCUAACAUGCUUUAGCCAGAGCUGCUCCAUUACUUAAAACAAAUCCAUUCACAGCACCAUCCCUGCAUGGUUCUUUAAGAAGCAUAUAGGAAGAAAUGACAGUAUUUUGAAGAGACAUGCACAGUAUUGUAGCUAACAAUAAUUUAUAUGUAUGUAACAGCAAUAAGACAGCUUAUGCAAUGGGUAGGUUAGGGGUCAGAGUUAGGUCAAGAAUCAAAAUCAACAGCCCAACAUCCUUUAGACCCAGUUUUUUAGGUUUAACCUAACCCUAACCCCUGACCCAGCGUGACUGAGAAAAAUACACGCUCAUGCUUUACGCCAGAAACGCUUCGCCUUGUAGAAAUACUGUCAGCUGCCACACUUGCCUGCUUUUCUUUCUGUGCUCAAUAAAAAUAAGAAUGUUGUAAAAUAUUUUUGUUAGGUUUUUAUGUUUCCAAUUUAAAAAAUAAACAUUUGUGUGGCAUAUUUUAAAAGCAGAACUGUGUAAAGUGUAUCACUGAUGCAAAAACGUGUCUUUUUCUUUUUAUUUACAAACAAGCAUCACCUUAUUUGUGCAAGGCUUUACACAGGACCUCUGUGGUAGAAGUGACCCAUAAAGUGUGUUAUGGAUGUGGAAAAAAAAUAAAGACAUUUAUCAUGACA